UCCGCUCACAAUUAUACUCCAACAACAAUGUCUUUUCCGUAGACGUUUUGCACUUUCCUUGUCGUAGAUUUCGUCGUGUUUGGUGUGGUAAAGACUCAUAAUCAGCAAUCAUGUGUUUUCGGACGCGAUACGCUCUCUCAUAUGUGAUUAUCCGUUAUUUCGCGUUUGAAAAUUAGCUGUGAUUGAGAUUUAUUAGUGCUAGUCUGUGCCUUCCCGCCCUACCACAGACUCACUCUGGACUGGCCCCCACCUAUAAUUCAUAGAGGCAUUUCGUAAAUCAACAUAUCUUCGAGAAAAAUCGAAAAAAAUGGCUGUCGUCAAAAUAAUGCCGAAAAUGGAACUUAUAAUACGACGAGUGACGUCCCUCCCUUUUCGUCGUAACUUGGAAGGCCUGACAAUGCCGAGGAGUGAACGCAUUUGAAGAACCGUAUUAACCCGAGCAGUUAGAAGGAAGGAACCUUUAUUUAUCUUCUCUGGAACUUCUUCGUCAGAACCCCAAAAAUGGUGAACAACAGCCGCGUCGUCAGCACCUUCACCAUGAUGCCCUUGGUGGUGCUGCUCAUGCUGGGGAGUUUCCUCGCUGCUUCUUCUCCUGCCCUGGCUGCUGGGAUCAAAGAUGCGCCCAGGAGGACCACGAACCGAGAGAGCGAAGCCAAGACCGCCACGGCUGGCGAGGACGUCAAACUCACCUGUCCCAUCGACGGCGGAACGCCGACCCCUAUUUAUGAGUGGGCCAAGGACGACGAGAUCAUUCCCGAAGAAGGGUGGGAGCGCAUGCGCCUUCAGGGGCGCAUCCUGAAGAUCAAGGAGGUGACGGUUAACGACCAGGGGACUUAUAUCUGCACUGCCAUCAACGGUUUCGGGAAAGAGACUUUCACCACUCAUUUGAACUGUUCAUGGUUGGGGAGGAGCUGGGAUUUUAUUCAUCCUUUGUCGGCAUCUUCUUCCUCUUCGUCAAUCCCCGGUGGAUUAGCUCCCGAAUUCACUCAGCUCUUGCCUCCAGCUCCUGGAAUUCUGGACAAACUGGCCGGCCACAACAUCAAGCUGAAGUGUCAGGUCACUGGAGUUCCCGAACCCACCGUUACGUGGCUCAAGGACGGCCAAGAGCUCCACGAGGGAAAAUUACGGGGUGAGUCACGCCUCACCCGCCAUUAUCUACAGCUGGUGGAGUUGCAGCCUCAGGAUGCUGGGAUCUACACAUGUGCUGCUGUCAAUCCUCUUGGGGUGGUCACUGCAAACUGGACUGUGCAAGUUAUAGAUCAACCUCGCCCAAAGGAGCCAGAAUUUUACCCACAGGAUCCACAGAACACAACAGUUGUGGCAGGAGAACCAGCAACUCUCCAGUGCCGUGGCAACUCUGAAGCCACCCCACAUAUAAAGUGGUUACGUCGAUUGGAAGAUGGUUCUGUUGAAGCUGACCACAUCCCAGAGAACGAAACGCUCAAUUGGAAGGGCCACCGUUAUGUUGUUUUGCAAGCAACUCAAGUUCUGAAUCCAGGAGAUGGAUCUUUCUACACCAAGCUUGUAAUUCCAAAAGUUACUCUACAAGACACAGGUGUUUAUGUAUGCACUGCUACAAGCAAAUUUGGACUCGCCUACCGACAAGCUAAGCUUUCAGUUCUAAGUGAAACAUCACAAAACAAUACCCUGAUGUUGAUUUUGGGUUUGGCAUGUGUGGCAGGCAUUAUUGUACUGGUGGUAAUUGUGGUAACAGUGCGACGUGUACAGACCAGUAAGCCGCCACCACCACCUGGGCCAAGUGAAGGUUCACUUUUGCCUCCACCACCCAUAAACCCAGCAAAAAUGCAGCCCCAGCCAUCUCAUCACGCCCGUUACGUUCCUCAGACAGCUGUUCACAACACCCAACAAGGGGCACCUCACGGACAUGCUGUGGGCCCUGAAGGUCCACUUCUCCAGUAUGCAGGAGGAGUUGUGCAUCUUCCACCCCAGUCGGCAAUGGCAGGUGGUGGUCAGGCAGCUCAACCCAUCAUCGUGUAUCAGGAUCCAGCCACAGCAGCCUCAGUGUACAUAGCCCAGCGACCUCCAGCUCCCGCAACCUCCACUGGAAGACCAGAGUAUCAAUACCAGCAUUUGGACGUUAUAUGAUCACGUGACAGAUUAGUAUAGUGAAGUAACACUUACAUGUUAGUUGGUCAGUCAGGAAAUGUGUUAUUUUCCAAGCGUUGUAAAUUCUUGUACAUAAAAAAGGAAUAUUUAUAAGUACCAGACCAUUGAAUUGUAUUUUAAACAUUUUAGCAAGAAUCUGUGAUAAAGAUGGGAGUUAAUCAAAUUAGAAAUUAACUGCUGUCGUGUCCCAUAAAAUGCUCUGUGUUGGAAACAAUUAGUGGCAAUCUACAUUUUGCUAAACCUAUCUGAAUAUUAACAUUAUUUCUAGUCUGGUAUCAUCCACUACAAGAGUUGCCAUAUUAGUAUGUCUGUUUUGUACAUAGUCCUCUGAAGAAGUUAUAUUUGUCUUUAAGUUUGACAUUUAUUGGGAAAAUUAUAUUGAUCUUUUAAGUAGUCAUUUAUUCUGAAAGCAAAAGACAAUUUGUUGUUUGUUUCUUACACUUUUACACUGUAUAAGCUUUAUUUUUAUCUAACUUGAAAAGUCUAGUCACAAGACAAAAGUUGUCAGUGGUUUCAAAUAUAGGUAGUCAAAAAACUACAACAGGAUGGUAGUUGAGAGAGAAAUGGAUUGUCACGUAAAGCCAUGAAAAAACAACUUUCAAUUCUACAAUGAUCAUCGUUGGUUUUACCAUGUGCCAAAUGAAUGUCCUUUUCAAGGUUUUAGAUUAAGGAAUAUUGUGACGUAAGAAUUUUCCUCAGGCAUUUCGUGGUGUUUGAUAGUAACACAGCUACGUACAUUGCAUUGAAGAUGCCAAGCAAAAUAUGUAGUCUUUCAUAUUCAUAUUACCUAUAGACUUUAAAGGGUUAAACAUAUUUUUUUGGUUUUUUCAUUGCUUCAAACAUAGAAUUAUUUUUGUGGUUUAGAAAAGGGUACAUUAUGAAAUUUAAAUUUAUUAAUUUCUUUCCUAAUCACCAGGAGGUGUCAUGGCAGUCAGUAAAUGGGGACAUUUAAGUACAGUAUGCACUGUGCUCUAAAAACUGGGAAUAUCGAGUAUUGUAAUGAAAAUCUUAAGUUGGUUUUUGGGAUAUAAAAGUAUAUUUUGGUAAUAAUAAAUUUCUCAGGAAAGUAUAAUUUAAUUUCCAUUACUUUAAUGGAAGUCCAGUAUGCACAACACAGUAAUUAAUUUAUCACUGGCAUUUCUGAGGAUUUGAACUUAUGUACUGUAGUUUGUGGAGUUCAAACAAAAUAGUACUGUAUUCGCAGUAUAUAGAAGUUUUGCUUUUUUUCCAGUGCAAAUCUGUCAAUCUGCUUCUCCACCUUACAAUAUGAGUGAUAAUUCUCAGUGCAGAAGACACAUGCUGAAGGGCUAUAAAUGAUACGUAUUUCAAAUUAAAGCAAGAAUGCAGUACUUCUUCCCAUCUAUUAAUCUGAGAAAUUGACUCCGGAUACUGCUAAUUUGAAUCAAAUUAAGUUCCCUUGUUAGUUUUGAAACACCAGGCUCUUCAGGAUGCAUGGUUUUUGCUUGUCUUGCCAUUUUUAUUUACUCCACAAGAGAAAAUGUGUAUCAUUAGUGAUUGCGGAAAAUCCUAAAAAUAAAUUAAAUUGGAAAAUCCUAAAAUUAAAAUUAAAUUUCUUUUCACGCACACAUCAUGAUUGCACUCCGUUUCUGCAGUCCUUUAACUAGUAGUAACAUGAUUGACAGAUUUGUCUUCUGUUAACUGCUGCCGCAACGGCUUGGUCACAUAUGCCUGAAACGUCUUAUUUCAUUUGUAAUGGCAUUCUUCUUCACAACAAACUAAGUGAUUAUUCUAGGCAACUUUGUUCAAGGCUCUCCUCAGGAAGCAAACAUAUACAGUACCCCAUAAAAUAUAUCUGAUGCAUGUGUGUAUUCCUUAGCUGAAGAGAUUGAUAUGUAUACUACUGCAUUUCAGAAUGAAUCUCUUGUAAUACUGUAUUCUAAAAUGCUAUUUACUUAUUGCCUUUUAAGCUGUAAAACCUUAGAUUCAGUGCAUAUAUUAUAUAAAUACUUUAGAAUCCAUUCACAACCCCUUUGUGCUUUCAUAUGUAGGUGUAAAUACUGUAUAAUUGAAAAUAACAUUUCAGUACUAUACUAUUAUUAAAAAAGGAGUUGAAAUGUUUAUUCACUUAGUACAUAAAUAGCCAAGUCCUUUUUUCCCCUCCCUUUUUUUUUUAGUGUGAUGGGAUUAUUUUCUACAUUCAGGUGUCAAGUACUAUACUCAAACUAUUUUCAUAUACUAUAUGCCCUUAUUCCAUGCUGCAUUACUGUAAAUGGCAGACGAUUUGAGCGAGCAAAAUCCACAUCAUAUCUCUUGUUAAAUUAACUUGGGUUAAACAUACUUUUGCUCUAGUUAUUUUACUGUACAUAAAUUAUUAGCCAUGAUCAUCUUAUAAGUUGGCAAUUUAGAUUUAUAUCCAUUUGGAGAAACCCUGGUGUAUCAAAUUCUGAAAUUUGCUACAUUUGUAAUCUUUGCUAACCAAGUCUGAAGUAUAUGUGAUAGUUUAGUUAAUAAGAACUUUCAGACAUAUGCCUGUUUGGUACAUGAUCAGACUGCAGUGAAGUGGUUUUUAUGUAUGUAAUGUGUACACUUGAUCCUUUCAGAUUGCCCAGUCUUACUUUUUAUAUAGAAUGAAACCAUGGUAGUUACUCACCACCCGUAAGUGUCGGAGAAACGACCGACGAAGCAUACUGUUAUGUACCCGGCUGUAAAGAGACAAAACGUGAUGAACAUGGCGAAAUCAAUCACAUGACAGCACUUCCACUGAAAUACUACAGUGUAGGUGGCAGUGCUGUAUAAUAAUCAUUCCAGUAUCUUUACAAGACCGUAGACAGACUAUGCCCAAGUGUCCCCUCCUAUUCCUAAUUAAGACAGCCCGUCAUAACUGCAUGUUAAUAAGUAAUAAUAAAGGAAAUUGUGUAUCCUGUACAGCACUUGUGUGGUAAAAGCAUAACUUUCGAAUCAAGACAGGUCUCAAGUUUUUGAGUUAUUUGGAAGAAGUUCAAACCUGUUGCUCUGUUGACAACCAUCAGGACUUGUAAGUCAGCCUGAUCCCCUGUUCGGUGUAAAUUGUGGUUGGUUUUUCUUCCCUGCUAAAGAUUACAUAUAUCUAAUAGUGCUAUAAAAAGUGUAAUAUAUUCAACCUUGGUAAUGCUAUGUUCUCGCAAUAACCAUAUACAGUAUCUAUAUAUAUAUACCAAUAUUAAAUUGAAUAGCUAUGAGCUGAGAUUGUCACAUUUAGGCCUUAACUUUCCAAUGCACGCUGUUUUAUUCCGAUGCAAAAGUAUGUGAAAUCAAAAAGCACAAACAACCUUGCAAAAGUGUAUGUAACACGAUUUAAUGCUGUGCUUGAAGUAACCGUCCACUGUUUGUUUAGUAAGAAGGGGACUUACAAAAGUGUUAAUGUACAACUAAAAAUAGUCUAGAUACACAGUUACUGAAAAUGUCAACUUUGCAAAAAAGAUAUACAUAUUGCCAUCAACUUAUAUAUAUAUGUAUACAUAUAUAUAUGUUAGUGGCUAAACUAUAUACUCAAGAGACCACACAUGUAUGUAACAGUGAACCCUUUCAUGUAAAUGGUUUACUACAAGUGAAACUUAAUUGUAAAUAUUCCUAUUGGUGUGUUUUCAAAGACAUAUCAAUAAAUGUGAAAGUUUUU